AUGAGCUCCAAAGAAGUCAAAGAUUUCUCUAUCAUCAUCACCAGUUUUCAUUUGAAAUUUGUUGGAUUUUGGAUAGCUAACAAUCAUGCUGAGAGACUCUGGAUGAACUUUGCUUUGUUUUAUACAUUCUUUGCCAUUCUUCUCGCUCUAUCGACCGAAAUGAGGGACUUGUAUUACACCUGGGGAGAUUUUGGCGAAACUAUUUAUAUUAUGUGCAACGUUGUAACUAUCAUUUUGGUUCUAACGAAAAUCUUCGUCUUGUUAAUAUAUUACGACGAGCUGCAUGACGUAAUACAUUACGCGAAAAGGAAUUUUUGGCACACGGAUUACGACUCGUACGAGCAAAUGAUUAUGGACAGAUGUAAACGUACUUGCAUCACCUUCGUUUGCAUUUUUAGUUUCUUUGCUGAGGGAACAGUUACUACUUAUAUAAUAAGACCACUUAUGGAAAACCACGGAAAGAAUGAAUCAGAGAGGAUACUACCAUUUAACAUGCGGUUGCCUGAUUAUCGUACAUCCUUCACACCGUAUUUCGAAAUGUUGUUCUUACUACAGGUCGUAUGUGGAUAUCUCGUUGGCGUGUGCUACCAUUGCUUCGACAACAUGUUAUGCAUUCUAAAUCUACACACUGCUGCUCAGUUUCGUAUUUUGCAACAUAGGUUUGCAAAUAUGUGCAACACAAUUGAUCACGAAAAAUUCCACGAACAUUCGGAAAAAUCAUACGUAGUAUACAGUGCGUGCAAGUAUGAAAAGUUUAAAGCUCACGUUCAGCAGCAUCAAGCGUUGAUUGAAUUCUGUAGAAAACUCGAAGAGGUGUUCAAUUUACUUGUAUUUGGACAGGUAUCGCUGUUCAGCUUGUUAAUCUGCCUCGAUGGAUACUUGAUACUUAUGGAUAUUCUUUAUGUCAUUACUAACUUGUUAACCGUGGUAAUGAGUUUACUCAAGAUAUGUAUCAUACUGAUGCAUAAAAGCGAAUUUUUAAAUCUGAUCAUUUACAUGCAACAAAAUUUCUGGAAUGUCGAUUACGAUUUCCGUGAGAAAGAAAUAUUGAAUAAUUGCAAAAGAACUUGUGCCUUUUUCGUUUCCUCUGUCACCAGUAUUGGUAUAUGCGCUAUGCUGUCUUAUGUAAUAACACCGAUUCUUGUAUAUGAUGGCCCUUGUACAAAUGCUAUAGAGCAUAAAAUGCCAUAA